AUGGCUGUCCCAAAGAAUGUGCCGGCCAUCAAGGCGGCACUCUUCGACAUGGACGGACUGCUGAUUGAUUCGGAGGAUAAAUACACGAUUUGUACGAAUGUGGUCUUGAACAGAUACGGGCGACCGGAUCUGCCAUGGAAUAUCAAGGCGCAGAUGCAAGGACGGCCUGGACCUACGGCCGGCAAGAUCCUUCACGACUGGGCGCAAUUACCCAUCACACGCGACGAGUACAUGGACCAGAUCAAGGCCGAACAAAAGAAGCACUUCCCCGACUGCCAGCCGCUCCCAGGCGCCGUGCAGCUUCUACAAACGCUCUCGAAACGAACCGACCCACCCGUACACAUCGCGCUCGCGACGAGCAGUCAUGCCGGGAAUUAUGAAUUGAAGACGAAGCAUAUGCAAGAUACGUUCUCGGUAUUUGCGGAAGAGCACAAGGUGCUGGGUGAUGAUCCGCGGAUUGGGCAGGGACGUGGAAAGCCUGCGCCGGAUAUCUACUUGCUCGCGUUGAAGACUAUCAAUGAUCGAUUGAAGCGCGAAGGUAAAGAGGAGGUCAAGCCUGAGGAGUGUCUUGUGUUUGAGGACAGUGUGCCAGGUGUAGAAUCUGGGCGACGAGCAGGUAUGCAAGUGGUGUGGUGUCCGCAUCAAGGACUAUUGAAGGAGUAUGCAGGGCGUGAGAAAGAGGUUCUGGCUGGUCUGACGGGCGAGUACAAGGAGGCGGAGGAGAAGAAUGAAGAGCUUGGUGUCGUUACUGGCGAUGGAAGCCAGAGAGUGAAGGGGGCGCCUGGGGAGAUUGAUGAUGGGUGGGCCAUCCUGCUCAAAUCUUUGGAAGACUUUCCAUAUGAGAAGUACCAGAUCAAGGUGAAACAGGAGAGCCAGCUUUGA